AUGAAAGGUGUUCCAAUGCGCUUAGUGUUGUUGGGAACAGCUUGGUCGCGUAGUUGUUCAUGCGGUGCAUUCCAACACAACAUGGCUCCAGAAACUAGUUUACUGCUCAGCCACUGCUACAACCGAGACCUUCCCAGAGCCAUGCAAACCUUAGAUACCAUGGAAAAACGCGGAGUCUGGGCUGAUGCAAUAGCUUAUUCUGAGCUCAUCAAGUGUUGUUUGGCUCAUAAAGCUGUUAAAGAGGGUAAGCACGUUCAUCACCAUAUAUUCUCAAAUGGGUAUCAGCCAAAAACGUUCUUGGUCAAUACUCUUCUUAAUAUGUAUGUCAAAUUCAAUCUUUUGGAAGAAGCACAGAUACUGUUUGAUAAAAUGCCUGAACGAAAUGUUGUUUCUUGGACAACGAUGAUAUCGGCUUACUCUUAUGUUAAGCUAAAUGAUCGAGCUAUGGAGCUUUUGAUUUUUAUGUUAAGAGAUGGGAUCUUGCCUAACAUGUAUACUUUCUCAUCUGUUUUGAGAGCCUGUGAGAGGUUAUGUGAUCUCACACAGCUGCAUUCUAGCAUAUUGAAAGUAGGAUUGGAGUCUGAUGUAUUUGUUAGGAGUGCUCUUAUUGAUGCUUACUCGAAGUUGGGUGAGUUGUUGGAAGCACGGGGUGUUUUUCGUGAGAUGGUGACCGGAGACUCUGUUGUUUGGAAUUCCAUUAUUGCUGCUUUUGCUCAGCAUAGUGAUGGGGAUGAAGCUUUAUGCUUAUACAAGAGCAUGAGGAGAGCAGGGUUUUCAGCUGAUCAGUCAACACUCACGAGUGUUUUGAGAGCGUGUACAAGUUUGUCGUUGUUGGAGUUAGGGAGACAGGCACAUGUUCAUGUGCUGAAGUUUGACCAAGAUCUUAUUCUUAACAAUGCGCUUUUAGAUAUGUAUUGUAAGUGUGGUAAUAUGGAAGAUGCGAAAUUCAUUUUCAAUCGGAUGGCUGGUAAGGACGUAAUCUCCUGGAGCACCAUGAUUGCUGGGUUGGCUCAAAAUGGUUACAGUACAGAGGCACUCAAUUUAUUUGAUUCCAUGAAAGUCUCGGGUCCGAGACCAAACUAUAUUACAAUUCUCGGGGUUCUGUUUGCGUGUAGUCAUGCAGGGCUUGUAAAUGAAGGUUGGUACUAUUUUCGAUCUAUGAAGAACUUUUAUGGGAUUGAUCCUGGAAGAGAACACUAUUGUUGCAUGCUUGAUCUUCUUGGACGAGCAGGGAAGCUUGAUGAAAUGGUUACGUUGAUUCAUGAAAUGACUUGCGAGCCGGAUGUUGUGAUGUGGAGGACUUUGCUUGAUGCGUGCAGGGCCCAUAGGAAUUUGGAUUUAGCCACAUAUGCUGCUAAGGAAAUUACUAAGUUGGAUCAACAUGACACGGGAGCCUAUGUUUUGUUAUCUAACAUUUAUGCAAAUUCAAAAAGGUGGGAUGAUGUUGCAGAUGUUCGGAGGACCAUGAGAGCAAGGGGGAUAAGGAAAGAACCUGGAUGUAGUUGGAUUGAAGUCAAUAACCAAAUACAUGCUUUUAUUGUGGGAGAUAAAUCUCAUCCUCAAAUAGAUGAGAUCAAUAGAAAGUUAAGCCAAUAUAUUCGCAGGCUAACUGAUGCUGGAUAUGUUCCUGACACAAAUUUCGUGCUACAAGAUCUUGGAGAAGAACAGAGUGAAUACUCACUUCGACACCACAGUGAAAAACUGGCAAUUGUUUUCGGUAUAAUAAGUUUUCCUAGGGAGAAAACUAUUAGAAUAUGGAAGAACCUAAAGAUCUGCGGAGAUUGUCAUAUAUUUGCGAAACUUGUAGCAAAACAAGAGCAGCGGCACAUUGUAAUUAGAGACCCUAUUCGAUAUCAUCAUUUUCAAGAUGGGGUCUGCUCAUGUGGUGACUAUUGGUAG